UUAGUGAAAGAUCUAAUCCGUGUAUCCGCUAAUCCUUGGCAACCAAAACACAGUAUGAGAAAGCCAAGCAAAAUGUUGCAUCUCAAGAUAACAAUCCUCGUGUCCAUGUGCAUGGUCGUGUCCCGGUCAUUGGGGGUCGAAACAGACCACAAGUGCAAGUGCUUCAUGUGCCUCUGCGACGUGGAUCCGCACCCGCUUCCACCAGCUCUGCCGACUGACCACCCGCCGCCGCCGGAACGCGAGUACUACCCGCCUCCGUCUGAGCCUGAGCCGACGCCAGAGUACUAUCCGCCGCCGUCGGAGCCUGAGCCGACGCCAGGGUGCUACCCACCGCCGUCGGAGCCUGAGCCGACGCCGGGCUACUACUACCCGCCGCCGUCGGAGCCAGAGUAUUACCUACCGCCGCCGGCUGAGCCGUACGAGUACCCGUGGGGUGACACGUACGGGCCGCCGGCGCCGGUGAUGGGCAUAACGGGCACCCCCGGGCAGAUGUACCCGCAAGACCGCGCGUUCAACCCGUCCAGCGCUCGCCGGAGUCGGUGUCAAGGGGUAUCCACUUUGGUCCUCGCUUCCUCGAUCGUGGCAGGGGCACUGUCAGUCUGUCGCUGAUUAUGUAGUCAUGUGCCGCGCGUACAAUUUGUUCGUCCAGUUGACUCAAAUUGAUCAGACACCGAAUGGCAUGUAAAGAUGCACCAGUAAUCUCAAGUGUGCAACUCUCUUAUGAUCACUAGCUGAAUUUGUUCGUCCGUGCAAUGGCGCAGCUAUAUACUCUAGUGAAAUAAAAUCCCGGUCAUUUCA